AUGACUCGGGGUGGGGAGACCUGCUCAGGGCGUAAGGGGGAAGUAGGGGGGGGGCCCAUCCCAGCUGCUCUCCCGGCCCUGGAGCACCCGGGUCCCGAAAUAGCAAGUUCACUCCGGGUCAGCCUCGCGAGAGCCGACCCCGCACCCCACCCCAGCAAGGGCUCAGUCUGCCCCUUUCGAGAACUGUUCCCUCGGAAUCGGGUCGGAGUAUCCGGGGAGCGCAGCCGAAGAGCCCGGAACGGCCCUGAACAGCGGGAGUGCCCGACCCUGCCCAAGGAGGGGCCUGCCCGAGGCCCCGAGGCGCCACGCCGCCAGCCCCCCGCUGCCGCCCAGUACCCGGAUUCGAAGAAGGCGCAGAUCGUCAUGUUCUCGCCUCACAACCACUCUGAAAAAGAGCAUCUCUGGACUGAACCGAUUCCUGCCACCAAAGAAAUCUGCUGGAAAAGAAAGACCUGGCUAUCGAAGCAGCAAGACUACGACGAGGAGCAAAUGAACUUCAUCAUAGGAUCAGUAGACCUGGGAACCCCAAACCAGCCAUUGUGCCCAAAGAUCAGUGAACUUCAUCAUAGGAUCAGUAGACCUGGGAACCCCAAACCAGCCAUUGUGCCCAAAGAUCAGUGGGAAAGAGUGGGUCCUAGGUGCCUGGAGAGUCAAGUCCGACCCACAUUCUAUGAAGCCAGCGGCCCAGCUGGGGCCUGUUCCUCUUAACAAUGCAGCCCCUGCUCGGCGGCGGCACAGAGCUCGUCGGGGCCUGCGGCGCUGCCCUAUGGCUAUUUCGGCAGCGGCUACUACCCGUGCGCCCGCAUGGGCCCGCACCCCAACGCCAUCAAGUCUUGCGCGCAGCCCGCCUCGGCCGCCGCCGCCGCCGCAGCCUUCGCGGACAAGUACAUGGACACCGCCGGCCCCGCGGCAGAGGAGUUCAGCUCCCGCGCUAAGGAGUUCGCCUUCUACCACCAGGGCUACGCGGCCGGGCCUUACCACCACCAUCAGCCCGUGCCUGGCUACCUGGAUAUGCCGGUGGUGCCGGGCCUCGGGGGUCCCGGCGAGUCGCGCCACGAGCCCCUGGGGCUUCCCAUGGAAAGCUACCAGCCCUGGGCGCUGCCCAACGGCUGGAACGGCCAAAUGUACUGCCCCAAAGAGCAGGCGCAGCCUCCCCACCUCUGGAAGUCCACUCUGCCCGACGUGGUCUCCCAUCCCUCGGAUGCCAGCUCCUAUAGGAGGGGGAGAAAGAAGCGCGUGCCUUACACCAAGGUGCAAUUAAAAGAACUCGAACGGGAAUACGCCACGAACAAAUUCAUUACCAAGGACAAACGGAGGCGGAUAUCAGCCACGACGAACCUCUCCGAGCGGCAGGUCACAAUCUGGUUCCAGAACAGGAGGGUCAAAGAGAAAAAAGUCAUCAACAAACUUAAAACCACUAGUUAAUGGAUUAAAAAUGGAGCAAGAGGGCAGCUUGAAGAAAUACUUCAGAACUCGUUGCUUUGCCCUGAUAAUGAUAAUAAUGCUUAGUGAUAAAUGAAGAAUGGGAAAGAGAAAGAGAGACACUGGUAUUUUAAUCUCCUAAGGGGGAAUCUCUUUCUCUUUAGUGGAACCUACAGCUUUUAAAAAACUUUAAGAAACGGUAAAGACUGCCAGUUCUCCCGCCAACCCCACCAGACCGUUAAAUGACAGACUCUAGAGUCAAACGUCAACCCCCAAAUAUGCAAUUUCAGAUAAGUUACACAUUUACUGAGAUCUUGUAAGUAUUUAUGUGACCGUUAUAUUUUAGGACACUGUGUUGGAUGGUAAUAAUCUGAAAGUUGGUUACAAAAGCAAGAGGCUGUUACGAACAGCCUUGUCCUUCCUAGGUCGCCAUUCCCUUUUGCAUGUUAAGUGUCUGCUCAGGUAAAUCUUAGUGAAAUUCCUAUGGUUGUUGUAUGUUCUGUAAAGUGUUUCAUGUAUAGAUUUAGAGGGAAAAAAGAGAAGGUACUAAAAUAAUGAUCUUGGACUAUUUACUAUGAAGGGAGAAAGAGAGAAAGUUCUUCUGAGAAUCAUUUGUCUUGGUAGUAAAUAUAACCAGCUGAACCUUUGAGGCUACAAGAAAACCUCAGAUUGGUAAUGUCCUUCUGAGAAUAAUUUUUAAUUGCUUAUAACAAGCAUAUUUUGUGGCACUAGGGCUAUAUUUACUGCCCCGAUAUCAAUUAUUUUCCAAAUGACUUGUUUGUUUGUUUGUUUGUUUUUUAAUGUUGAAAUAGUCAGAUGAUCCACAGGAUUUGCUUUAUGCCAGGUCUCCCAGGAGGUCCCACCUCAACAUGAUACACUUCGAUUUGAACACAAUUCAAUUUGUCAUUUAAAUUGGCAUUUCCCAAAAUUUGCUAAACAUUUUGCUGGAUAAAUUAUUUUCCUUUUUUAUCUUUUCAAAAAAUCAGAACAGAAAUCCCUUCCCCCCAAGACAUUUAGAGGUCUACAUUCUAUAUUUUAAUCUAUUAAGGGAUUCGUAUUUUUCCUUGUUUAUUGUGUUAUGAGACCACAUUUAAAAGUUUAGGGAUUCAUCUUCACAGCACAUUUUUAAUCAAGCAGUUAUUUCAACCAGCACAUUCGUUUUGUUCUUAUUCACUAUAAAAUGGUAUCUUGUAAAUAAAAACAUUCAGCACACUGUGAAAAAUGUAUUUGUACACCUGCUUUUAAAAAUAUUCCUAC